UUGCAUGUCGUUUUCGUAUUUCUCCCAUUUCCCCUGUCCGUCCUGUAAACAAAACGCCCUUUCCCCUUUCUUCUUUCUCUGCUGCACCGCGUUGCAGCCGCCCUCUCUCUGCAAAUCCAUGGAGGCUGUCCGAUUCAAUCUUUCUCAUUUCUCACCUCUGCGCCCCGAACUCUCGAAACAUUCCAAUGAGACCUCCAAGAGGAAGAAAAGGAGCAGCUUCUGCUCCCCACUCCUCGUCACUGCCACAGUUUCGAAAUCAGCGGCCGAGAUCUCCCAUAAACCCUCCGCCGCCACUCCCCGUGAAGUUCCUCCGCAGCCCUCCCCCGCGCCUCCCCUUCUCAAGGCCUCCGCCCAUUCCCUACAGUACCCCUCUGGUUGCCUCGGUGGCGUACCGGACCGUACAGUGGCCGACGGCCGCCACGGGCUGCUCACCGCCAUGGGCUACCUGACCAACAUUCUCUCCUCCAAGGUCUACGACGUGGCGAUUGAGUCGCCCUUGCAGUUGGCCACGAAGCUCUCCGAGCGGUUGCAAGCUCGAGUCUGGCUCAAAAGAGAGGAUUUACAGCCUGUUUUCUCAUUCAAACUUAGAGGAGCAUAUAAUAUGAUGGCAAAGCUUCCUAGAGAGCAGUUGCAAAGUGGGGUUAUAUGCUCAUCAGCCGGAAAUCAUGCCCAAGGGGUAGCUUUAUCUGCACAGAGACUUGGUUGUGAUGCUGUUAUUGCCAUGCCUGUUACCACACCAGAAAUUAAGUGGAUGUCAGUUGAGAGGUUGGGUGCUACUGUUGUUCUUGUGGGUGAUUCUUAUGAUGAAGCACAAGCAUAUGCUAUGAAACGAGCUGAAGAAGAAGGUCGUACAUUCAUUCCCCCCUUUGAUCAUCCAGAUGUCAUCACGGGGCAAGGAACAAUUGGGAUGGAGAUUAUGCGACAGAUGCAAGGCCCACUGCAUGCAAUCUUUGUUCCUGUGGGGGGUGGUGGAUUAAUUGCUGGCAUUGCUGCUUAUGUAAAGAGGGUUUCUCCAGAGGUAAAGAUUAUUGGGGUGGAGCCAUCUGAUGCCAAUGCAAUGGCAUUGUCAUUACAUCAUGGUCAGAGAGUCGUGCUAGAUCAAGUGGGGGGUUUUGCAGAUGGUGUGGCUGUUAAAGUGGUUGGGGAAGAAACUUUCCGCUUGUGCAGAGAAUUGGUUGAUGGGGUAGUUCUUGUUAGUCGUGAUGCUAUUUGUGCCUCUAUAAAGGACAUGUUCGAGGAGAAAAGGAGCAUUCUAGAGCCAGCAGGUGCUCUUGCCCUAGCUGGAGCUGAAGCCUACUGCAAGUAUCAUGGUCUCAAGGGUGAAAAUAUUGUUGCAAUAGCCAGCGGGGCGAACAUGAACUUUGAUAGACUGAGGCUGGUAACUGAACUUGCAGAUGUUGGUAGGCAACGAGAGGCUGUGCUUGCAACUUUUAUGCCAGAGGAGCCUGGAAGCUUCAAACAAUUUUGUGAACUUGUGGGGCCGAUGAAUAUCACUGAGUUCAAAUAUAGAUAUAAUUCUCAUAAAGAAAAGGCUCUUGUUAUGUAUAGUGUUGGUCUUCACACAGUUUCUGAACUCAGAGCAAUGGUGGAGCGGAUGGAGUCAUCUCAACUUCAAACCUUUGAUCUCACAAAUAAUGACUUGGUGAAAGAUCAUUUGCGGCAUUUGAGCCUGCAUUCCACCAUUCUUGUCAAAUGUAGCAAUUUUUUGGACAGUACCAAAUGCAAAGAACACCGUAUGAAGAACAUCCACAAUGACAGCAUAUUGCAUAUUCUCAAUCGAAGCAAGCAGCACAUUACUCUCAGGUUUUUUUUUUCUUUCCAUCAGGAUCUAAAGCAGGCUGCAUUACUCCCUCGAUUGUUGUUUGAUUUACAGGAAGAUAAGGAUUUGUAUAAGCAUCAAGAAUACUCUGUUUCUCGUUUCAUACUUUUGUUUCUACAUUCAGUAUGGAUAAUAUUCCAAGCUACUAUCACCUUCAAAAUGGUGAUUCGCCAGGAACAGUACUGGUGUCAAAUAUCCUCACUGGGGACAAUUAUUAUACAUGGAGCAGGUCCAUGAUUAUGGUGUUCAAAGCAAAGAAUAAAAUUGGUUUCGUGGAUGGAUUGAUUUCUCAACCGAGAGCUUUACAAAUGAAUCGUAUGAAUUCUGGGAAAGAUGCAACAAUAUGGUGUCUUCUUGGUUGAUCAAUUCUGUUUCGAAGGAGAUUGGGUGCAGCAUAAUAUGUGCAAAAACAACAAGAGAUAUGUGGCUGGAUUUAAAGAAUCGAUUUACUCAAGGUAAUGGUCCAAGAAUCUAUCAAUUGCAAAAAGAUUUGUCAGAUUUGGUUCAAGCAGAUUUGUCUGUACGAGAUUACUAUACAAGAUUCAAGUUUUUGUGGGAUGAAUUGUUGGAUUAUAAUCAGAUUCCUACAUGUUCAUGUGGAGCUUACAAAAAUGCAAUUGUGGUGCAAUAAAGGUAUUUCUGAGUUAUCAAGAUCGACAACAUGUAAUACAAUUUUUGAUGGGUUUAAACGAUUGUUUUUCUCA